CAUGUCUGCCGUGAAAAAGGUCUAUUAAACUAAAUGUUACUCCUUCACUUUCUCACUUCUCUCAGCUGCAGUUCUCUGUGUGACCAGGCAGCGGCGCUGUUUCCACAGUUGGUGAACUACCUCUAUUUGGUCAAGGACUAGCUAUGUUGUGAAAAUCUUUCAAAUUUGUACAUUUUCAGUGAUUACGCGGACUUAUCUGGAAGUCUGCUUUUUUGCGGAGGGGGACCGUGUGACCGACUCCCUGCGGACUGUGUGGCCGGACCAGGGUUCGCUGUUCCGGGCAGCUGCUGAGCAGUUUUCUGAUCUCUUGACUGGAGGAUUUUACUGCAAACCAAGUUAGCUCAACAGCUAAUCCUAAAAGUCACGUCACCUGUGCGGACUCGAAUUAAAAAGUUUCACGUCAGAGCCGGGACAGCCGGGUGAGCGUUAACUGUAUGCCCUUACAAAAACUUUACGUCGAGUGUUUUUUGCGCGGGGUUCGUAUUUUAUGUCGCUUUUACGCAGCCGUUAAGAUUUCCGUUAGAGACAGCAGCAAGUGAAGCGUAGCUGUGAAUUAUAAAUGACGGUCCGACCCGUAGUCGUACACGGAUACGGUGUUUUUCUGAGGGAAAUGUGGUAGAGAGAGACGACAGCUUCGGUGUUCAGCCCGCUGACUUGGCGGCUCUGGGUUUGCUGCUCGUGAGGCCUGCGGGUCGGGCUUCCACCGGGCUUGAGUAGAGCCCGACGCCGCCUUCGAAAGCUCGGAGGCCGGCAGUUGGAGCUGCCACCGCCGGGCCUGCGGACCAAGGUAUGGAACGGAUGGAAGUGGACCAGUGCGCAGGCGCAGCUGGCGGGGCAGGAGGCGGGGCACUCCGUAGAUCGAACAGCGCCCCCAUGAUCACCAGUGUCAGUGACGGGAUGACGGUCUUCAGUCCGGUGUCCUCGGCGCGGUACAGACGCAGCAGUGUGUCCAUCAACCCCAGCUGCCCUUCACAGCUCAUCCCCCUCUCUCCUUUCUCUCUGACCGGAGACAGACUCGACCACAAGAGGCAGGAGGAGAACAUGGAGAUGAAUCUCAGAGGAAGUCUGCAGAGACUAAGUGCUUCCAGUCUGAUCCCAGCUCCUCCUGUAAGUCAGUGGCACAACCACGCAUCAGUGGUGAGCAUCUACCAACCAGGGUUAUUACAGUGAACUAAAAAUAGUGGGUUUCGCCAAACUCCACCAGACUCCAUGUAAAUAAUCAGUACUUUAGUUAUCGUAAAACACACU